ACUUCUUCUUUUUCUCCCUCCACAUAAAAUCCUGCAAUAUGCUUCCAAAUUACCCAGGACGGAUCUGCUCUCUCUAUCUCUUGUAGUCCAGGAUCCUAAAACCGUUUUUCUUUUCCUGGAGGGGCCACCGCAUUUUUUAUUUUAUUUUUAUUUUAUUUUAUUUUUUUUAUCCCCCGCAGCGGAAUAACAGGAGAGAGCGGCUGUUUCUGCUGAUGCUGCAGUGUCCAGUCCUCCCAGUUGACUCCAUCAGACUGGGAGCUUGAUCCGGCUGCAUUUCUACUUCAGCCUCUGUUGACCUGAUCCUCCUGUAUUUUCCAGCAUGAUUUUAAUAAAUUGUCCAUCAAGAUUUUUGCUGCUGAGCUGCGGUUCAGAGUCGUCUGAAGCCUCUUCCUCCUCCUCCUCCUCUUCCUCCGACGGGCUGCUCAGAUCGACGCUGAAAACCUACACCAAGAGGAUACGGAUGUUGACCAAGACAACAUAGUCUAUUAAUAUUUCAGCGAUACUGUAAAACGAUAUCAGUAUUAAAGCCAAGUUGUGGUGGGUGGCCGGGAAAAGGUGCGCACAGUGAGGACAUUCCUGCCAUCUGCUGCUCUGAAACUCCUGACAGGUGACACAUGAAGCAUCGCUGAGAAAAUAUGUUCAGCUCAAGGAUGAUGAUGAUGUUGAUGAUGAUGAUGAUGAUGAUGGACAGGGAGGCUCUGCACAGCUCCUGGCCUCAGUAGGAGCCUCUUCACUCUGAUCUACUACCUCCACCUCACACCACUUCCUCUUCCUGUCCUCCACCCACCAGGAAGGAUGACAGUGGUGUCCACAGAAAACAUGGAUGAGACCUCCACCCUGCCGGGGCAUCCGCAGGACCCCUACCCGCCCGACGACGACCAUGACGACCACGACUGCUGUGAGCGAGUGGUCAUCAAUAUCUCAGGGCUCCGCUUUGAGACCCAGUUGAAGACCCUUGCUCAGUUCCCUGACACCCUUUUGGGGAAUCCCAAGAAGAGGAUGCGCUACUUUGACCCCUUACGAAAUGAGUAUUUCUUUGACCGAAAUCGACCCAGUUUUGACGCCAUCUUGUAUUAUUACCAGUCUGGGGGCCGGUUGAGGAGACCAGUCAACGUGCCACUGGAUAUGUUCUCAGAAGAGAUAAAGUUUUAUGAAUUGGGUGCAGAGGCUAUGGAGAAAUUCAGAGAAGAUGAGGGGUUUAUUCGGGAGGAGGAGCGCCCCCUGCCAGAGAAGGAGUUCCAGCGGCAAAUCUGGCUCCUGUUUGAGCAUCCAGAGAGCUCAGGGCCUGCUCGGGGGAUCGCCAUUGUCUCAGUGAUGGUUAUUCUUAUUUCAAUAGUCAUAUUUUGUUUGGAAACCUUACCCGAGCUGAAGGAGGAUCCCAAUGACCGGAUGCAGAUUGUGGGAAACAGCACCAUAUUUUAUAAACCAAAUGUUCUCACUGACCCUUUCUUUAUCGUGGAGACACUUUGCAUCAUCUGGUUUUCCUUUGAGUUGAUAGUCCGGUUUUUUGCCUGUCCCAGUAAAGCAGCAUUCUUUAAAAACAUGAUGAACUCUAUUGAUAUUGUGGCUAUAAUCCCUUAUUUCAUCACGCUUGGAACGGAGCUGGCUGAUGACCAAGAAAACAGGGAGGGGAAGGGUGGAGGCGAACAGGCCACAUCUUUGGCCAUUCUCAGGGUAAUCCGUCUGGUGAGGGUGUUCAGGAUCUUUAAACUAUCCCGACACUCCAAGGGGCUCCAGAUUUUGGGGCAAACUCUAAAGGCAAGCAUGCGGGAGCUGGGCUUGCUCAUUUUCUUCCUCUUCAUUGGUGUGAUUUUGUUCUCCAGUGCUGUCUACUUUGCUGAGGCUGAGGAGAAAGAGUCAUUCUUCACUAGCAUCCCAGAUGCGUUCUGGUGGGCUGUGGUGUCUAUGACAACCGUCGGUUAUGGGGACAUGUACCCCGUGACCAUCGGAGGCAAGAUCGUGGGCUCAUUGUGCGCUAUCGCCGGAGUACUGACCAUCGCACUGCCAGUGCCCGUCAUUGUCUCCAACUUUAACUAUUUCUACCAUCGGGAGACGGAGGGUGAGGAGCAGGCCCAGCUGCUCAAUGUCAGCAACCAGAACUUGGCAUCAGAGAUCAAUUCCAGCCGCCGCAGCUCCUCAGUUGUCAGCAAGUCAGAAUACAUGGAGAUAGAUGAGGACAUGAACAACAGCAUCGAUAACUUUAGGGAAGCAAACCUUAGGACUGCCAACUGCACGGCUCCCAGCCAGAACUGUGUGAAUAAGGGGAAGCUGCUCACCGAUGUGUGAGGCGGCGCCCAUGCACCAGUGUAAAUAUUGUAGAAAUACUUGGACGCUUUAUCUUCAUUGGUGCAUUUUUUUUUCAUUGAUACAUCCAAACGAAGACUUCAUAUCACAUACGACAACCUGAUCAGAGUAGAGGCUCAGUUAUGAACAUACAUUUGGCAAAGAUGUCAGCAGGCAUCAGGGGAACAUUUUUGAUAAAUUCUUCUCUCAAUUUAGGAAUUUCUACCCAAAAAUCACCUGAUCUCCUCAACAUACAUCUUACAUUAAGGGUCUAGGAUUUUCACAGCUUAGUUUGCUUGUAAUAAGGCGUGUUAAUCUGUAGGUUAAAACAUUUGAGUAAAACAGUGUCCUCUGUGGAUAUGGAGCAGCUUUAAACAGAAAAUAGUGUUGUUAUAAUGGCAUCACAGAGUUAGAGACUACAGUUUUAACAAACACUAUCAGAUUGCAUUAACUGAACAGGAUCCAGGGGACCCAAGACUAUUUGAAUAUAUCAAGCAGUUUUGCAUAGAUUCUCCUAAAAUUGGACUUUCUAAGUAUUUUUAAGUGAAAAUGCUUGAGUAUAUCUUUGAUAGUUAUGCCAGUCCCAGUCCCAGUCUGGUCUGUUUACAGCUGAAGCUUAGUUUUGGCCAAAGGCAUUGGACUAGAGUCGAAUGUCAUAAGACUUUAAAGCUUGUUUUGCUGCAAAAAUGUAGUUAAUACGGAUCCACUUCAUUAAAACAUGUUACUGAGUAAGUCUUUGUGUAAAUUUCAGAAAAUGUCAGGGAAUUUAGCUAUCGAAAACAAAAUCCGUGCUUGUUUAAAGAGCUUUAUUCAAGGCAUAAAACAAGAUCAAACAAGAUUUUUCAGUAACUUAAGGAUACUAAAAGAAGUUCUCACAAAAUUGAUUUACAAAGUCUUUAAAAAUACAUUUGUCUUUACAUGAGAUGUAUACCUGAUACAUGAAUCAAAUCCAAUAGGAACCUUGAUGAGAAGAAAAUGACAAAAUUGAUAGUAAUUUAUCAAAAAGUCCCCUUGAUACUCAGCAGGUUGUGUUAAAUAUAGACAUACAUUUCAGGAUACAAACCUGAACAAGCCCGAGUGAGAUUUAAAGAACACAUCAAUGGACAACUGAUGGAUUUAUCGGGAUUUGAGCAGUAUUUUGGACAAGUUUUUACAUGGCACAUCCAGGGAAGUUUUCGAAAAACUCAAGACAUGUUCGUUUUUCAGGCACCUUAUCAGAAAAUACCAGGAAGUGUGCCGGGCCUUGUGGAAGAUUAUCUGCACUGCUGCUGCUGCUAAAGGUCGGCUGGAGGUUCCCUGUAUGAUGCAAUGCAAAGCUCCUUUAUAUACAGCUUGGAAUACGCAUGUGGAGACUCUCUUCUCUCUUAUAUUGGCAUGCAUAAGGCAUUACCUCAUUUUAAUUUUUUCUUCUUCAACCCUCAUCAUCCCUUCCUGGAUCGCUGUUUUUUCUCAAAUUUGUUUUCACCAAAAGUGCACUGGCUAUUUAUUAUUGUUUAAUUUAUUUAAAAGCAUUUCAGUGUUGAAUGUUAAAGUACUAAGGGAACAGGAACACUUCUUUUCGAAGAUCAUGGCAUGUCAAAAUAGCAUUAUGGCCUAAUUAGCUAUGGUAUAGCUACGUAUACUCAAUGCAUGACGUCAGUAUUAAAUUGCUUGCAGUUCUGGAGGGACUUCAGGAGCUGGGAGAUGGUGAUUCUCCUCAUUGUCAAGCUAACGACAGGAUACGGUGCAUGACGGAGCAAACUGCCAGAGGGGACAAAUCUACAAAAAAAAAAAAAAAAGAAAAAAAAACAAGGAAAAAAACGCAGAAGAGACAUAUUCGAUGAUCUCUCUCUUUCUCUCUCUCUUUCUCUCUCUUUUUUUAAAGACAUUUCAUAAAUGACAUCCUCCUUUUUCAUUUAUUUAAAGCUUUGAUGAUGGAGUGCAUGGGAUCAUUUUAUGUGAAUUGUGACCCCAUUUUUUAUUUGGCUUUUAAACAGUUUCAAGAAGGAUAGCGGUAAUAUUGAACAAAUUUCAUAGCUAUAUCUAAAAUUAGUUUCUAGUGCCUUGAACCCCUUCUCAUUUAGAAUUGACUAAAGUGCCUCCCAUUACAACAAACAACAAAGAGCUUACCAUGUGCAGCUUAUCUUUUCCUGCCAUGAAGAUGCACUACUCCCUGCACAUCUAGAAGAAAAAAAAGGGUUAUAGACUUACAUGUUUAACUAAAGAUAGGACAAUAUUCCAUAUUAUAGGGCCUUCUUAAUCUCCCAGUUGUCCUGGAUGAUGACACAGGGCUGCAAUGCACAUUUAGCAGGAUACACGUGGAUUUUAUUUCUUUUUUGUACUGUUUCUGUCGUACAUGUGCAGGUAAAGCAGUUCAGCAUCCUUAAAGGGAAAUUCUGGUAUUUUUCAAGAGGGUCAUGGUAACAAUAGGGCACUAAAAAUAUCACAGGUCAUUUCUCUAAAGCUGCACAAAUUUACACACAACUUAAACCUUUUCACUGUUUUGUCUGUGAGUUGAACCAAAAGAGGCUAAAACAUGUUCAGAGAAGCUUUCUGCUUCUAAAUGGGUUUAAUCACAGUGUAACAGGACAGGUAAUUAAAAUGACUCACUAUACUAUAUUAUUGUCACUAUAAUUGUUCUUUUAUAUAUUGUAUGAAGCCAAAUUUUAAACAAACAUUCAUAUGUUUUAGAAUGUCCUUGGUUUAGGUAUCAUUACUGAUGCAGCAUCCCAAACAUGGAGCUAUUGGGUUUUUCAAACAGUGCUAAUAUAUUACACAGAGCUUCAGAUUUGUUACAGUAACACUUCUGAAAACACUAAUAUUUGUCAACACAUUUGGACUUUCCAAGUCUGUCAUUAACAAACAUACUCUUUGCUGCAAAAAUUUCUUGUUAGCAUGAUCCAAUUAUCAUAAUAACCAUCAUAAGGCCCAUGUUGUUGAAUACCAGGAUUUUUUUUUUCUAAAAGCAAAUCAGCACAAAAUUAAAUACACUUCUUUGGGGCUCAUUAUUUUCAUUGUUGUCUUAAAUUAGAAAUACACACCGGCAGCCAAGAUUUGAGGUAAUGACUACCAGUCAUAUGUCCUUCAUAUGAAUGAGACCUGUACUCUGUUGGCUUUGUGUGCACUAAUUGCAUAAAGCAUAAAAUAUCUUAAAUCUUGUGAAAACAUCCAGACCAACAUUGUCCAGCACUCGCUGUCUCUCCGCUACAACCCACUGGUUCCUGAAGAUAUUCUUAAAAACAGCACUGGUGCAUUAGUCCACAUUUGGUGCUCUAGUGAGUAUUUUCACUUGCAAGAUGUUGCAUGUGGGAUUGAGUGAAAACAAACUGCAGUCUGUGUGUUUGUAAUAGUGAAGGAACAUGCAACUGUGAUGCUCACUAAUGUUUUUUUAAUAGUUCUAGUUACAAGCGGAAAAGAAAACAUCAUUUGGCAGAUCAGAGGUCCACAAGUAUUAAAAGUGAAAUUAGUGGCUGGUUACAAAAACCUUGAAAUUGCAGAAAAUAUCCAGAGGAUGUGACCUAGGCUGUAGUGUUUUCUCUUUCCUUCAUAUUAUGGUCAGCCCUCUGAUCUAGAGAAGACAAUACAGAGGAGAACGCAGCGGAACAGUAUCCUCUGGUACAGAAAACACUCCCUGAGCACUUUAGAUCUAUACCUACAGAUGCUUAAAAACUGAAAAUGAUGAGCCUUAUAUGUCCAUCUUUUCUAUUGUUGGUCUGCCUUUGUUCUUGCUACCAGUGUACUUGCUAUAUCAUCAUCAAACUGUUUUAACUGUACAUGUUUUACAGUAUAGCAGUGGUUUCAGUGACGUCUUACGUGGUUCAUGGAGUGUGAAGAAAAUUAGCUGAGUGAUCAGUUUUUGACAUGGCUGUAGAAGCAGUGAUGCAUCUGACCACAGUGGAUGCAGCCUGAACAUUACAGUUGCCAAAGGCAUUAGUCACUCUGUAAACCAGCAAAAUGGCGCGGCUGUUUUGCUUUGAGGAGGGAGCACAUGGCUGUGGGAGAGAAAUACUAUGUUUGCUGUGUUGUGGACAAGGUGGUAAAAAUGAGUAAUUAAUGACUCUCACAGUGAGUCAGUCUAGCCUUAAAAUUCUUCAAAAUAAAAUAUUGAUUGGCUUAAGUUUUAUUCUACUAAGCAAAAUAUAUGCUGAUGUUAUAGCCACAAUGACCACUGACCAUUCAGUGAGUUGAACUCAGUGUUGAUUCUGUGCACAUGUAAAAUCAAAGGCAGCAGCGUGUACUAACAAUGAAAAGACCAAAGUCAAUGUGGUCAGUGACAGCAUCAGUCCUGUCAAAUGUGAGAGCUAUGGUUGAUCUGAGGCACCUUAAUGGCAUACAGCACUGAUGCAGUAUAUUAAGGGACAGUAAUGGUUUGUUCCUGAUCCUUGAUGAACAGAAGGACAUUAUUCUGUGAUGCUGCAUUUGACUAAAUUUGUCCUUUUAAACAUUUGACAGUGACGUUCCUCUGUCUUACACUUUAUCAAAUCUUUUGGGCCAUAUGAGUGUAACCACAGCAGACAGCAAAGCAAAAUCUCAUCUGAGUCAUUUUUUAUGUCAUCUGCUGUUUAUUUUUUUCCUUUGAUUUGGGUAAAAAAAGACCCCAGACUCAUACAAUGAAACUCCAGUAUUUCUUGAACCAUUGUGAUGGAGUGAAUCUCAUCAGUGUUGCUUUGUGUCUCUCCGUUAACUGCAAAGUGGCUUUAAAAGCUCUACACACCCACCCACAUGCGUGAUUUCACUUAUUUACCUGUUGAGACCUUUUUUCAGGAUUGUGUGGGUGCUUACACAGACAAUGACAACUUACACUUCUAUCAUUCCUAUACUGAAUUUAAUGAAGCUGUGAAAUCCUCAGCAUAUCUCUGCCAAUAAACUCUUAAUUAUCCAGAAAAACUAUUUAAUCAAAAGCAACCAUAUGUUUCUAUCAUCUGUGCACACGACAUAGAGGAUUAUUUUAUGUUAGCAGAUAAAUCUGCUUAGAUUUUUAUUUGUUUACAACAGAUAAAUUAUUGAUAAACAAAAGAACACUGUGUGCUGAAAUUCACGUCACAUUUUUGUCCUAAUAACAUGUAAGCACACACGGCAAGUCUGUUUUAUGCAUGAAGACGAAGCAAACUGAAACUUUACAAGAUAAAACCUUGCAUGUUCCAGAUUAUAAUUUGGGGAAAUAACAUUAUAUCUUAUGUGCACAGGUAUCUUGUUAACACUUAAUAUGACUCUUGACUUUUAAUGUGCAAUAGUAUGUUAAUAAAACCUGUACAUUCUCUAUUGCAAAAAAAAAAAUGGUGCAGGAAAUGCUUUGUGUACUCAAGAUUACACUUUUUUUUUUUUUUUUUUUUUUUUUUUAGCAAAAACAAAAUAAAUUUAAAAAAAAACAAAAACAAAAUAAAAAAACACAUCUAGAUUAUAAUGUGCUCCCUCUUUCAAGACUUGAAAAACUUGAAGAACUGGAAAAGUACAGUGUUUGUGGGCACAUUUUUUGUAAGUACUUAGCUUUUUUGCAGAGUAAUUUACUGCAUUAAUUUACUGUAUGAACUAAAAAAAGUAACAAAAUACAUAAAUAAAGACACAUGCAUGCAAGUUUAUAAUUUGUGUGGAAAGGAGAUUUUAACUUAAAUAACUCAUGCACACAAAGCUUUAUUUACUGAGCAAGACAAUAACGAUCUAUGAACAAGAAGUCGUCAGUUGUCUAUAACUUUAGAUAAUAUAAGUUAUCUUGAGCUCACAAAUAAGACUGUCAUGCUUGCAAGUGUAUUUGUCUUCAUAACCUGUAAUGUAAGAUUCAAGAUACUUAAGACGUGUGUCUUGUCCACAAAAAAAAUAUGAAUUGUGUGCAGACAAGAUGACCUAACACAUGGUAAACUGUGCACAAUCACCAUGAACUGCUUCUUGUAACAUCAAACUAACAGCCUUUACAUUGCUGCCGUCAUUUCCUCCAGCCAUGUUUCCUUAACAAAGUUUGAUAUCUCAGUUUUGUUGUUACUGUGUAGUGCCUGUGUCAUCAUCUGUUAGCUUAAGGUCUGUUUCAGAAACUGCUGUUAACAUGAAGAAAAUAUCCCUUUAAUUAACAGUAACAUGGGAAAUCAAUAAAUGCUAUGAAAGGUGCUACAUGUUAAACAUGCAGUAGGUUUUCGGGAGCAAAAUUACACAAAAAGUCAACUUUUUAAAAGAUCUGAUAACAGAAACGUUUUUAUAUUUUCUGGACAGAUAUUGGAAAUUAGUGAUGAUCUUUCAGUGAUGAAAACAACAUCAGGGUAGUUGGUUGUCUUAUAGUUUUAAGUUCUGUUUUUCAUAUUUGUUGUGUUUACUGUUGGCCAAAGUUAACACAUAUCUGCUCCAGACGCCACUGAAGGGACCAAAUGAAGUUUACUAGUUGUUUCAUAUCAUCAGAGCAGCUUAACAAGAGGAUAAUACACAAAAAGAAACAUUUUCUAGACAGACUUUUAAUCAUUUUAAAGCAUGUUCUUAUUUUCAUCUUUUAAAAUAUAACUUUUUUUCCUGAUAUGCAGUAAAAUUUAAAAUAAAUUUUCAUAAUAAUUAAUAAUCCAGUCUUCAUAAAUAAAUUUAGUUUACAAGCCUCCAACUGCCAAGUCCUAAUUAUUUAAGAAAUAUUCAUUAAAUAUCCAUCAAAUAAACAUCAACAUUUAAGAUCUCAAGCUGCAUGUUAUCUGGAAUAUAACUUUGAUUCAAUACAUUGAAAGAUGUGUGAUGGCCGACAGGUCAUCAGGGCAGAGCUUCUCAUUUCAAUGGGAGAUGUUUGUGAAGGAUUAACGAUAUCUGUUUAAUUAAUGAGAUAUCAUUUGCUGUCAUGCCUUUACCAACAGAUUACAUGUAUCAAAUCAAAACCCAGGUCAAAUAAUUGACCUGAUUUGCUAGUUUUGGCUCUUGCACACCAGAAUAAACCCACCAGUAGAGGAGUGUUUCAGUCUGAACUGCAGCUACACACUGAAGAUGCCAAUUUUUUUCUGUCUUUUUUUUUUUUUUUAAACAAAAUCAUACCUUUUUUUUGGUGUCUCUUGUCUUUUCUCAUGCACAGUUGUUCUACCAAAACAUUCACAACACAGGUGGAAUUAGAUUAAAGACAAACAAGCUAAACAACCAAGAGAGUUUAUAUUUUUCCUCAUUUUCAUUCUGCAAAUUGAGUCCGACAUAUCUCCAGCACUGCCACAGCACUUACACACUGUGGAGAUACUGUCAGUCUGGAAAACAAAGGGUUAGGUCUUCAAUCACAUGAAAUCUGAUCUUUCCUAGAUUUGUCAAUUCUGUUUAAAAUGUUUCCUCUUUUUAUUAUCCCUUCAUAUUUUAUAAUUUUUUUAGACAAAAUAACCAGAUUGAUAAACAAACAAAAUCAUUGCAAGCUGUAUCCCUAUUUACAGAAUAAGAAAAUCUAAACGAAAUCUAUGAUUGGACUGAAAGUUCAUGUGUGGCCUUGGAGGGUACAAAAUGUAUUUAACAGUAAAUGAACUCAAGAUCCAGUAGUAUAAUACAUAAUCGAAGUAGAAGAUUUUUUUUUUUUACUAAUUAAUACAUUUUCUAUUAAUUUAUUUUUUUGAUCAACAGUAAAAAUGAAAUAGGUUGAGAAAUUCAGCAUCAGUGUUCAUAGGAAUGUCUGAAUCUCAAAAAGCCAUGACUGUCUUAUUCAGGCCAAUGAUGAUGAUGAUGAUGAUGAUGAUGAUGAUGAUGAUGAUGAUGAUGACGAUGAUGAUGAUGAUGAUGAUGAUGAUAAAUGAUGUAAUGAAGAGUCUAAAUAUGUUUGAGAUGUUGUUUGAGGAGGAUUUCCUGAAAGCGUCAUCAUGUGGCUGUGAUCUGUAUGUAUGAUGAACCGAAGACUGAACUGCAUGAACAUUCACAUGAAAUUAUGCUGGUGAUAUAUUUCUACACAAACAUUAUUAUUAUUAUUAUUAUUAUUAUUAUUAUUAUUAUUAUUAUUAUUAUUAUUAUUAUUAUUAUGCCAUUUUUCUCUCAGAUUCUAACUCAAAAGGGUCUCUCGUCACCUGGAGGAAGAUUAAUAAAUUUAGGACUAAUUAGGUUCAGUUUGUGAUUUCAUUUGUACAUCUGUUCCCUUUCUCCUUCUUGCCAAAGUCUUGUCCCGACCAUGACAACUGAAAGCCCUAGUGCUGGAAAAACUUAAGAAUAUAACAAAAGAGAUGCAUAAAUACAUUUGUUUGUUUCCCCUCCACUGGGCGGUCGAACCCCACAGUUAUUACUGUUGCAGUAUGUCUGAUUUUUUUCUUAUGGUUUGUCAUUUGCUGGUGAGGCAUAGUUUGUAACCUAUGCAAGGUUAGUUAACAAUUUACUGUAUGUCCAUUCUUAUUUCAUCAUAACAGUUUAAAUAAAUUUUGAAAGAUAUGACUUUA